AUGCGUGUAAAGGAAAGUUGUAUCGCUUCUGGUCCAACGCUCCCUGCUCAGGCUGCGGAAAAAAAAGUUGAUGAAAGGGAUGCGGCCGCGGAAAAAAUAAGGUUUGAAGAUCUGCGUAACUGCCGGGAGUUGGGAAAAGGCUCUCAGGGGAGGGUUAGGCUUGUUGUGCACCUUCCUACAAGAAAAAACUACGCAGUAAAAUAUAUUAGGUUGGAAGAGGACACGGAUGGCAUGCGUCAAGCUCUUGAGUCGGAACUAAGGCAGGUCAAAUCUUUGAUGCACAAGAACCUUGUAACUUCGCAUGAAGCAUUCUUUAGGGAUGGAAGAGUUUAUAUUGUGCUAGAAUAUAUGGAUGCGGGGAGUAUUGCUGAUGUGCUCAGGCGUCAUUCUAAUAAUUUCAAGGAAGAGAUGUUGGCAUACGUGGCGCGGGAACUUCUUCAGGGCUUGGAGCACCUUCAUGCCUCAAAAGUAAUUCACCGUGACAUAAAGCCUGUAAAUGUCCUUGCAAAUUCGAAAGGUGAAGUUAAGAUUGCGGAUUUUGGCGUUGCAAAAAGAUUUUAUGGUGGGGAUGUAGAGACUUUGUCCGCGCAAGGUUCGAUUAUAUAUAUGAGUCCUGAGCGCAUUCAAGGUCAACCCUAUUCCUUCAAUAGCGAUAUAUGGAGUGUGGGGAUGACGAUAGCAGAAUGUGCGCUGGGAGCAUAUCCUUUUAUGUCACUGAAACACAACCUAUAUGAUCUUAUGCAAGCCAUUGCCACGAGAAGUGCGAGGAUUGACUGGACUACUGAUGGUCGUGAGCACACUCCAGAGCUUAUUGAUUUUGUCCAUCAAUGUCUCCGUCUUGCUAACGCACGACCCACAGCCACCGAGUUACUCCAUCAUCCGUUUAUUCAAAAGGCAGCGAAUGUAGACCCUGUUGAAGCUGGAAGGUGGUUUGUUGCUCAUUCUUAA